UUUCCCGUCAUCCACUUCGGUACCCGGCUCGCAGUCGAGCGUCGUUCGUUGUACGGUGCGGUUGUGACGUUCGCGUUUCUUCUCGACGCUUUAUACGUUCGAUAUACGUAUAUAUGUGUGACACUGUGCACGCGUUUUCUUUUUUUCUUUAGACUAUACAUAUAUAUAUGUAUACAUAAUAUAUAUAUAUAUAUAUUAUAUAUAUAUAUACAUGAAGUGUUUGUGAUAGUGCGAGAAAGAAUCGGUGUGUGCAGGUUAUAUUUUUCGCAUAGUGCCAAGGUGGAUUAAAGACGUAUCUCCUGAGGAAACAAAACGCGAAGAAAACGAACCACAGACCAAAGCCGGCGAAGAUCUAGAUGCUGAACACUGAGGGAAGACCGUUGGCGUUCCUCCAAGAUCCUGAGAAUGUCGCCGCAAAGAUCGAGCCGGGGAAUGGAUCAUGAAGUGACCGUGUACAAAGGACAUUGCGGACGUGUGUGAUUCUUGCGAAGUAUUUAGCCACAAUUAAGAUGUAUCCCGCGCCGGCGAGACACCCAGCCGCUCCCGGUGGCGGAGGAAGCGGCGGGGCUGCGGGAGGGCUGAAAUUCACGGUGGCUGACACUUGCGAGAGGAUCAAAGAGGAAUUCAAUUUCAUCCAGCAACAGAACCACUCACUGAAGAUCGAAUGCGAGAAGUUGGCCAGCGAGAAGACCGAGAUGCAGAGGCAUUACGUUAUGGUAAGGCACUUUUACUACGAAAUGUCUUACGGCCUAAACGUGGAGAUGCACAAGCAGACCGAGAUUGCUAAAAGGUUGAACGCGAUAAUCGUCCAGCUACUUCCGUUCCUGGCACAAGAGCAUGGCUUGCAGCAUCAGCAGCAGGUGGCCAAUGCCGUAGAGAGGGCGAAGCAAGUCACGAUGUCCGAGCUGAACGCUAUUAUUGGGCAACAACAGCAACAGGGUCUGCAACAACUAUUGCAACAGAUUCACGCGCAGCAGCUACCACACGGUGCGGUCGUCGGCGGUCUUCCGCCGGCGGGGCUAUUGGGGUUCGCAGGUGCGGCCGCUGCGGCCGCAGCCGCGGGGGUGCCGCCCCACCUGGCGCCCCCCCCGCAUCCAGCGGCCGCGGCCGCGGUCCAAGCACAGGCGCAGGCGCUUCUGAAGCCGUCCGACCUGCAGCAACACAGGGCGGCGGCAGAAACGCCGGAGGAUCGUAAACCGAUCGCCCUUACCGACGAGAGGCUGAGAAGAUCCGUGUCGCCGUCGGAGAAAUUCCGUAGCCGUACCCCCGACCUCGAGAGCGAUCCCAAGAGGCGGAAGGAGGAGAAGCUCGGACACGACAGCGAUGGAGAGAAAAGCGAUCAAGACUUGGUGGUAGAUGUCGCGAAUGAGGAGGCAUCAUCGCCACAUGCGAAUGGUGAGCACUCGGAUCCACGUGAGAACGGUACUCUAGAGAAACUGGGUGCUCCAGGACACGUGGGGCCUAUUUCCGGUGCUGGUUCGACAUCCGUAAAAGACAGGCCACCCUCGCGGAGCGGAAGUUCCUCCGCUCGUAGCACACCGUCUCUGAAAAGUAAAGAUAUCGACAAGCCGGGUACACCUGUGGCGGCGGCGAGGGGGUCGCGCAGCUGUACGCCAACUAUGGGCGGAAUCCCUGGUCCCUUGGCAUCGCGGGUCUAUCAUCCGCCAUCGUCGCAGCAAACGCCACCGCAGGGCUAUCAGGGUUUGCCGUCCCGCGGCAAUGAGCCGCCACAAUCGCCUUCACCGUACAGCAACUUACCAUACGCCAGGACUUCGAUGCUCGGCUUCGACGGUCAUGUGAGGACCAUCCUACCAUCAGCUAAUGGAAUAAGCAAUAUUCCGGGUGGUAAACCAGCGUACUCGUUCCAUAUGAACGGCGAGGGUCAGCUGCAGCCAGUGCCAUUCCCCACGGAUGCUCUGAUAGGACCGGGAAUUCCACGUCACGCGCGUCAGAUUAAUUCCUUGACUCACGGUGAAGUUGUGUGUGCUGUUACGAUUUCGAAUCCGACCAAAUACGUCUAUACGGGUGGCAAAGGGUGCGUUAAAGUCUGGGACAUCGGACACGGAGGUGGCGGCAGUAUCAAGCACGUAUCGCAACUGGACUGCCUGCAACGCGACAAUUAUAUUAGGUCAGUAAAGUUACUGCCAGAUUGCAGAACUUUAAUAGUUGGAGGGGAGGCUAGUCAGCUGAUCAUCUGGGACUUGGCUAGUCCUACGCCGCGAAUCAAAACGGAACUGACGUCUGCAGCACCAGCCUGUUACGCAUUGGCGAUCUCGCCGGACUCGAAGGUCUGCUUUAGUUGCUGUAGCGAUGGUAAUAUCGCUGUGUGGGAUCUCCAGAAUGAGACGUUGAUUAGACAAUUCCAAGGUCACACGGACGGUGCCUCCUGCAUCGAUAUUUCAGCAGAUGGUUCAAAACUGUGGACAGGAGGAUUGGAUAACACAGUGCGUUCGUGGGAUCUAAGGGAGGGUAGACAAUUGAAGCAACACGACUUUACCUCGCAAAUAUUCUCACUGGGCUAUUGUCCAACUGGAGAGUGGCUUGCAGUUGGUAUGGAAAAUUCAAACGUCGAAGUCCUUCAUGCUACAAAAUCCGAUAAGUAUCAACUGCAUCUACACGAGUCGUGCGUGUUAUCAUUGCGUUUUGCAUCUUGCGGCAAAUGGUUCGUCUCUACGGGCAAGGAUAAUCUGCUAAAUGCAUGGCGCACGCCGUAUGGCGCUUCGAUAUUUCAGUCGAAAGAAUCCUCGUCGGUGUUGAGCUGCGAUAUUUCUGCUGACGAUAAAUACAUUGUGACCGGAUCUGGUGACAAAAAGGCCACUGUAUACGAAGUGAUUUAUUAGAUGCGUACGGUAAAGACGUUUUACGUUUCCCUCCCUUGGUCGAAACCUGAACUGUUUAACACGCUCUCCUUUCUCGCGGGAGAUCUUACAAGUGAAAGACUUUUUAGCAGCCUUAGGAACUUAGACUGUUACUAUAUUGUGUAUAUAUACAUAACAAGUAUAUUAACGGUAGAAAUUGCGUUCGAAAGAAAUAAAGCACAGACGGACAAACGAAAAAAAAAAAAGAACUGAUGCUAAUUAUGAUGAUGGUCAAGAAACCAAUGUGUGUGCCAGAGAAAAAUCUGUAUAUGUAUAUUUAGAAGUUGCGUGUGCGUGGCCCAAUUGUACCUACGACCAUGUGAUUUAACGUAGAAGAAACUUUCUUUGUCGCGUGUAUACAACGAGAAUGUGUUAAUGGUACGUUACCAAACAAUUUUGCAUGCGCGUUAAGUGAUCAGAGCCUUGCAAAUGGUGAUGCUAGAUACGAUUUCGUAUAUGUAAGUACCUAAUUAUAAAAUCAACACGCCCAAAACAUUAUACGACAGAUAGCAUGAAAACAAACAUUGGAAAUCUGUCUAACGAAAAAUUACACUUGCUCUUACUUAUGGUAAUUUUCUUCGAAACUUUUACAAUUUUUGCAAAAUUGUCCCUUAGUAUAACUACAACCACGAUAUCGAAGCAUAUUAUUGCUCUAUAUUUGGAAAUGUUUCGAGAAAAUCGCUGGCUGUAGCUAUCUUUAAUAAUACGUUUCACUAUAGAUCAGAAGCAAGUAUAGUCUUCUGUCGAUUAAUGUUGUCGAUAUAAUAUUUUAUGCUGAUAGCGAUAUGUUGACAUCAAUAAUAACAAAUGCAAUGAAAGAUGAAUGCACAUCGAAUUAUUUAUAAAUUGUUCAUUUCGUUCAUUUGGAAUUAGUUGCGAAAGAAUUCGAUCAUUCAGAUGUUAUUGAAAUAAUGUGCAAAAAACUCACGGCAAAUUUAUUCAGAAGUUUAUUUAAAAAUAAGUAUGAUGAGGGAAUCAUUUCUACUUGAAGACAGAAAAAAAAACGUGACCUGUAUCAUGAGAGCAGUGUUGUGUAUUAUCCAUAUAGCAUGACCAUUUAAUUUUAAAUAUAUCAAUGAAAAAUUGCCUUUUCUAUUAAAACAAAAUUUCGUAAAUAAUCUUUUUCAACAAAUACUUAAGUAAUACUUAAGUAAAUAGUUGCUUAAUUGUAAUCGAUUGAAAUUAAUGAAUCAGUGUACAAAUGAAUGAUUUAUAAGCAUAAGAAACAUGUUAUAAUAUUAAUUUAUAGACUUUUCGGUUAAUUAGAAUACGUUACAUAAAUUAAUAAAAAGAUAUGUACUAAUAUAGUAUCAUAUAAUAUGAAAGAUUAAUCAUUUUAAUCUUAUCAAUAUAAGUAUCUCUAAAUUAAUUAAGUAAAUUGUAUUCGAUUUUUUGUAUUUUAAUGUUUUAAAUAUAAUAUUUUAAUACUAAAUUAUCAAAUAUGAAAUUUUUAAAAUUUUUAAAAUUUUUUAAAAUUCGCAUUUAAUGAUUCAUUGAUUGAAAAUAAUUAAAAAUUAUUUUCAAUAAUAUAUAUAUAUAUAUAUAAUAAAACAAUUUUAACCCAUUGUGAAGAAUAUUUUUAUUCUUUCUGAUUUAUGCGCAUGUACAUUGCGCAGCACGUGACGAAUUGGUUAACAAGUGUGUUGAAAUAUAAUCUCAUAGUUUCUUGUGUCUACAAAUUAUUCGAUCAUAUUAUGAAUUAUUUUACUGUACACUACUUAUGUUUCAAAAUAUACAACUUUUUCAGUGUAUACAUUUGAAAUAUAUUUAUUGUUUGAAAAAUAUGUUUCACUAAUAUAUAAAAUAGCAAUAUCGAAAUGUACAAUGCUGCUCGAUAUAUUAGCACAAAAUUAAUUAACAAUAUUUGUAGUAUUUUUUAAUAUUUCAAUAUAUUUUGUUCAAUUAUAUUCAUUUUAAAUAAUUUUAAAUCACUUUAAAAGACAUUAUUCUAUAAAGAAUAAUUGCAUUUUAUGAUAUUAAAAUUGUAUUAGUUUCAUACUACGAAUAUAGCCUCUCUUAUGCUUAUUUCCGUAUUAUAAUAAUAAUAAUAAUAAUAAGCACAAUAUUUCCGUUGUUAAUCGUAUCAAUCAAACUUUUGUGUGAUUGUGCUUAUGUGCAUAUGAAUAAUAAAUGAAUCCUUGCACAAAAUCUGUUUUAUCUUUAUCAAUAAAUUUGGUUCACUAUAUGAUUUAAUUAUGUCAUGCUCAAUAUAUUUACAAAUACAUUUGUAAUUAUAAAGUACAAUCACAUGCACAAAUAAAACGGAACUAUUUCUUUAAGUUAGAAUAAAUAUCUGUUUUGUAGACAAAUUCCGGUAUAAAUUGGUAAAUUUUUAGAGAUAAAUAUUUAUAGUGGAUAACAAGUUUCAUCUGUCCUGAUUGGUGAAUCUUAUAAAAAUUAGCAUACAAUAAAACAAAUAUAAUGGGAACAUUUAAAUCGUUUCUAUAAAAGUAAUGAUAUUAAAAAGAAAUUAUAAAAAAUGUUAAAUAAUAAUAAAUAAUAUUACUCUUAAACCUAAUCUAAAUUUGAUCUAUAGAUAACCUUGAAAAAUAUUUAUUCAAAUAAUAUGUCAUUUUUUAUUCGUGAACAAUUUAACUGAGUCUUUAACUAUGUGCUGAUAUAAAAUCUUUUGCUAAAUGUUUGAUUAACGAUAAAAAAAAUAACAGAGACGAGUAAAAAAUGUACAGAUAAAUCUUAUGUGAUUAUGACCAUUACGCGAUAGAUAUGUAAAUAUAGCUUAAAAAACCUAAGUAAAGCUUGAUUUAUUUUGAUAUUUUUUUGAUUAAAAUUUUUGACCAAAUACAGGACAGGUGUAUAUUAUAAAUUAUUGAAAACAAAACUAGUAACCAGUUAUAAGAUUCAUUAUUUCUCAAUUGUAUGUUCAUAAAAUUAAGUUGACAUUUGGCGCUUUUUAUACACUCUUUCCAUUAUAACAAUGUUUCGUUGUAAAACAUGUACGUGUGCACGUAUGUAUACGUAAUGGAUAGUAAAUAAUUAUGUGAUUUCUAUCUUACCUGCAAUAUAAUGAUGAAUGAUGAUUUUGUAAUCAUGCUACACAUACAGAGCACAUACACGAACCACAUGUGAGACAUGCGAAUGAGGAAUGUAACAAUUCAAAUGGACGUAUAUGUACAUGUAUAGCGCAAAAGUAUCAAGUAAAAAUGACGCAUCUUAAGAAAUGUUUUUGGAAAAAUAAAGAUCUAUUCCAUUUUCCUCUCUAGCUGUAAUAAUAUAUGAAAAUUGAAUACGUAUUAUAUUUUUAUUUAUUGUCUCGCGUCAAGACAAUUUCUCUUUACCUUCUGAGUGUGAUAAUGAAAAAAUCUGAAAAAUGAAAUAAAUUCAUUUUCGUCAGGAAAAUUCACAUUGUGUAUAAUUCUACAGCUCUUCGAUAUAUCAAAAAAGUAAAAUUGCGUUACAUAUGUUACAUGCCAAGUUGGACAAAGUAAUAUGUAAUUAAUAAAUGGCAAAUAAUAGAAAAAACAUUUCAUCGAA